UAAUCGCAUCAAUCAACCGUUUUUACUUGACCGGAGUAGUCACACAUCCUUGUAUAUUAAAUCAUGGGUAGAUUUUGGUGUACUACUUACAGAGCAGAAUGGAACAACUCGGAGCCGAAGCCUUGGCUAGUCUACGAUCCAUGUGAUAUGGAACUUUUCAACGUGAUUACCUUUGGAUUUACACUAUACACAAAUAUGUUGAUAUUUAUCUACAUCAAAUGUAUUUCGACAAGCAGCAACCCGUCGCCCAGACGUCUACUGUUCAGAGGCCACUCGGCCCGGUGCGCCGUCAACACGGUUGCGUGCCUGGCGGAGUUCGCGCUCACCGUGGACUACGCGCUGAGCACGUGCGGCUCGAUGGCCGUGGCCACGGUCGGUCUGCUGGCGCAGCUCAGCUCCGGGUCGGUGUGCUACAUGCUCGAGGUGGCCGGCCGGCCGGGGCCCAUGGGCUGCGGCGUGCUUGCGUGGCUCGUGUGCGGCCUGGGCCGGGCGCUGCUGUUCGUGUCACUGGUCGACGCGGGUUUCACCGCGGACGCGCACGUCCGGCCGCCCGUGCUCGCCCUGUCCGCUGCCUGUUGUUACGCCACCGCGGCGUUGCACUUGUACGCGUUGACCGGAAGGUCAAAGAUAAACAAAACUGACUUGGAUCUUGAGUUUUAUACGUAUAAACAUGAUUUAUGUAGCUGGUACUCAAGAAUAACGUUUUAUUGGUUGACUGGUUUUUUACGAAACUGUUACAAACAUUUAAUUCAAUUGGAAGACUUAGGACAGUUGCCAAAUCGUGAAAAGUCUACAACACAAUAUGGAAGACUUUAUGAUAUUUAUCUCAAAGAAAAGGAAAUAUAUGGAACACCUACUAAAGUAUCCAUGUGGAAAUGUUAUUGUAAAGCGUAUUGGAAAGAGUUUCUAAUUGGUGGAAUACUUAAAAUGAUGGGGGACUUUGUUGGUUAUAUUGGCCCUUUAGGGGUAUCGGUAAUAGUUAAUUUUGUAGCAAAAAAACAAAUUGUUCCAAAUCAAAUAAAUAUUGAAGCAGAUAGUUCAUGUUGUGUUACAUUUUCUGAAUUUUUGAACAAUGGUUACGUAAUGGCUCUUAUUAUGUUAAUAAGUUGUAUUGCCCAAGGAAGUUUUUCUCAAGCUAGCACCCAUAUUUUAAACGUUGAAGGGAUACGACUUAAAUCAGGACUUCAAGCCAUGCUUUAUUGCAAAAUGUUGAAGUUACAACAAACUCAAGUAGAUUCGACCUCAGAAAAUGGACACAUCAUAAAUUUGCUGUCAGAAGAUACGACAAAUAUUAUGUCAAGCUUUUGGAUUGGACAUUACAUAUGGGCUAUUCCUCUGAAAAUAAUAUUUUUGAUUUAUUUAUUGUAUUUAAAACUCGGAUGGAGUGCUAUUCUUGGAUCUGCUUGUUGUAUAAUGAUUAUGAUACCUUUGCAAUUUUUUAUCGGUAAAAAAAUGUCCAGUAACUCGAAAGAAAUAUCAAAUUUAUCAGAUAAACGUCUUCAAUUAACAAACGAAGUUCUGCAAGGCAUUCGACUUGUAAAAUUGUGUGGAUGGGAAAACGAAUUCGUCGAUCGCAUUACGGAUGCUCGUAAUAAUGAGUUGGAUCUCUUGGAUAAAGAUUCUGUUUAUUGGGGAUCGAUGACUUUUUUAACGCACGCAUCAUCGGUUUUAGUAUCCUUGUUUUGCUUAGGUCUUUAUUGCUUACAACACGGCACACAAAAAUUAGACUCUGGUGCGAUAUUUUCUAGUCUUGCGUUAUCCAAUCAAUUGACGGUUCCUUUAUUUAUUUUCCCAAUUACUGUACCCAUUAUUAUUGCAGCAAUUGUGAGUACAAAAAGAAUCGAAGAAUUUAUGGCUCUACCAGAAAUUACACCAAAUACUAAGUAUUUAAAAUCACGCGCAAAUAAAAGUAACAAACGCAAACAAACGACAAAUGUUACAUGGACUACAUCUGAUGUAAAUGUUUCAAAUAAUUUCAUAGAAAAUAUCUCAGAAGAAAACGAAAACGCCAAACAAGAAAUCGAAUCAGAAGUAUGUGUUUCGAUAAAAGAUGCAACAUUUGCUUGGCCCAAUUCAAAGAUUCCGGUACUUGCCGUAAACAAUUUAAAAAUUGAAGAAGGUAAACUAACAAUAAUAACUGGAAAAGUUGGAAGUGGUAAGACAUCGAUGCUAUUGGCUUUACUGGGAGAAAUGAAUUGUUUGUAUGGAGAUAUAGAUUUUAAACGAGGAACAACAGUUGCAUACGUUUCACAACGAACGUGGUUGUUAAACGCUUCAGUAUUAGAAAAUAUUGUUUUUGGCGAUAAAUACAAUAAGUCGAGAUUCAAAAGAGUUAUCGAUGCUUGUGCUUUGGGUCCAGAUAUUGACAUCCUGCCAGACAAAGAGAGAACAAUAAUUGGCGAACGGGGAAUAGCUUUGAGUGGUGGUCAACAACAGCGAGUUGCGAUUGCCAGAGCUUUAUACUCCAAGGCCAAUAUUAUCUUAUUGGAUAACCCUUUAUCCGCAUUAGAUAGUGAUGUCAGUCAGCAUGUACUCUUCAACGGAAUAAAAAAAUCAACAAUGAAUCAGAUAAAAACUGUAAUAAUGACUACAAGCUUCGCUAGUGAUCUGUCAUUUGCCGAUACGAUAGUACUUGUAGAAGCCGGAAAAAUCGAAUUUUUUGGUAGUUUGGCUGAUCUAGAAACGAGAGGUGUUCAAAAUAUAAUGGUGAAAACAGAAAAUCAAGAUCAUGGACGACGAACAGCUUCAGAGCGUUGGAAGUUAUUCAAAUUAGUUAGUCGAAUAGGACAUCAACUUUAUAGAAAUUGGCCAACAGUUGAAAGCCAAAAAAAAUUAAAAAAAAAUUUUGGAGCUUUGUAUGGAUCUAAAUACCUUACACAUGAUCUUUUACUUCCAACGGACGAAUGUGGUGAUGGUGACUCUUGUAUUGAAAGAAAUCAUUGGCCUUCUUCUAAUAAAAAAAGAGAAAGAUCAGCUACAAUUGCUGAUAUACAACUGCCUCGGCGUAAGCCAUUCAUCGACGAAACAUUAGUCAACCAACCUGCCAUAAGUUUUCAUUCGAGUAUUAAAUAUAGAAACUAUCCACAAGAAAAACAAAGCCAAAAAAGUUUAAGGCGUCAUGUUUUAUCAUCAGUAGGGAUAUCUCACUCUUCCAAUCGAUUAAACAAAAUAUCACAUCAUAGUAUUAAACGAAAGCUGAGAUCUGAUGAUGAUUUAGCUAAAGAAGUUAUGUUAAAAAACGUUCCUUCGAAUGUUUCUGAUAAUAGUGAUGACAAUAUAUCUGAUUUUAAAGGUGAACGAGGUCGAUUUGAAGAUGAAUUUAUUUAUAAAUCAGUUUCAUUGAGGACAUAUUUUAAAUAUAUAUCUUGGAGUGGGUGGACCACUUAUGUUUGUUACAUAAUACUUACAAUUUCUUGGCAAACUUCAAGAGUUUUCAUUGAUUUCUGCCUAAGUUACUGGUCUGAUGUAAAUUUUCUCCCAGAAACACAAACAUAUUGGAACUUAGUUGGAUAUAGCCUUUUAUGCAUGAUAUCUAUAGUUUUAUCAGCCCUAUCAAAUACUUUAGGCCAGUAUGGAGCAUUAAAAGCUAGAAAACGUGUUCAUAAACGAAUGCUUAACAAUAUAAUCUUAAGCCCGCUAUCGUUUUUUGAUACGACACCCAUCGGAAGGAUAGACAACUGUUUUUCUAAUGAUUUAGUUAUAAUUGACAAGAAAAUUGGUACGUCAAUGCAACGUCUGGUACAUUUUGUUUUCUUAUGUCUAUGUGGAAUAAUUGUAAACGCUAUAAUAACACCUUGGUUUUUAAUAAUCGUUGUACCUAUAUGUCUUGUUUAUUACACUGUGCAAAAGUUUUACAGAUGUUCCUCGAGGGACUUACAAAAACUGGAAGGUAACUUAAGAUCACCGAUGAUUACUCAUUGCAAUGAGACAAUAUCUGGACUAGACACAAUAAGAGCAUUCGGGAAACAACCUUGGUUUAUGUCGGAGAUGAUAAAUAGAAUUGACAAUCACACAAAAGUAUUUUUGAUAAUUAGUUCUUCAAAUCGUUGGUUGGGUAUUGCAUUAGAUUGUUUAGGUGGAGCAAUUGUCUUUGUGGCAACUAUGGUUGCUUUAAUAACCACUACAUUUUUUUAUUCUUCUAUUUCAUCAGCAAUGGUUGGACUAGCCAUUAACUAUACAUUAUUAGUUCCUGUAUACUUGAAUUGGGUAGUAAAGUUUUUCGCUGAUUUGGAAAUGUAUUUGAGUGCAGUUGAAAGAACUGAUGAAUUCGCGACUAUCCCAAUCGAAAAUUAUAGAAGUGAAACUAUUAUAACAAGAGCUUGGCCAUCGAAAGGUAAUAUCGUUUUGGAUAAAGUAUCAGUGAAAUAUGAUGAAAGCCAGGAGCCGGUUAUCAGUAAUAUUAGUUUACAUAUUCCACCAGGACAAAAAGUUGGAAUUUGUGGUCGUACGGGCAGUGGUAAGUCAUCCUUAGUAAUGAGUAUUUUAAACAUGGUACCAAUCCGAGAUGGAACAAUUAUGAUUGAUGGAAUCGAUAUCAAUAAUGUUCCUUUGCAAAGUUUGAGAUCUCGGAUAUCUGUAAUACCUCAAGAUGUAAGAAUGUUUGGUGGUACAAUAAGACAAAAUUUAGAUUUAAAAAAUGAAUAUUCAGAUAAUGAGAUUUGGAGCAGCUUAAGAAUGGCUCAAAUGGAGGAAACGGUAAAAUUACAAUUAGGAGGACUUGAUGGUGUAGUUAAUAAUUCAGGAGAUAAUUUAAGCAGUGGUCAAAAACAAUUAUUAUGCUUGGCAAGGGCUAUUUUACAGGAUAAUGUCUGUCUAAUUAUGGAUGAACCAACCAGUUCUGUUGAUGAUGAAACAGAAAAAAAAUUACUAGAAGCAAUUAAAAUAUCAUUCAAUGGCCGAACAGUCAUAACAAUUGCACACAGGUUAUCCACAAUUGUGGACUAUGAUCGAGUACUUAUCUUAGAAGGAGGCAAGAUUAUUGAAGAUACCAUACCAUCAUGUAUUAAGACUUUUCCAGAAUGCAUUUGAAUAAAUAAUUUAAAUAAACAGAUCAAAAUGUCAA